GUCAUUUCAAAUGCUCAUCUGAUUAAAACUACCAACACUGCUCCAAAGCUAGCUCCUGGAACCCGAUUAUCGCUAUCUACACACAAGACUUUGAAAUAUGUAACGAGACAAUCUCUUCUCUUACGUGAUUAUGAUUUCGCAAGGCUAGUAUCGUUUUCCGUGCUCUUGUAUAUUUCCACUCUAUCUUCAUGAUACACCCAUAUUUGGGGGCCAAAAACUGAUUAGAUGCCGCGAAAUAUCUCGCGUUCCACCAAGAAACAGCUCUUCAUGGGUGUAACUCCACCGCAUAAUUAUCAGGCGCAGAAAAUUUCUGCGAGGUCAGACAUAAAUCCCGGAAGCCGGAUCACACAUGCAUGGCCGAGAGUUACUGUGGUGUUGGGGAAGACCGGUCCGGUCGUUAAUUAUCCGCGUGGCCGCGCGGAAGGGAGGAAAUUCGAUACGACGACAUGCAAAAGAAAGGGUCGACUCAGACCCAACGAUCAAAACAUCUGAGGACAACGCAAGUUCUAAGUUCAGUAAUAGCUGAGACAGAAAGAAUCUGAAGACAUCUAUUGGAUACUCGGAUCCGGUCAGACGUAUCACGAAUCACUGUGUGUAAUCAAAAUUUAUUUGUGAAAACCGGCAUUGAGGUAUCUCGAGUAGAAUGAUCAGAGAAAUUCAUGCUCUCAUGGCCGGGCAAACGUUUCCACGAUUUUCAAGUAUAGCCAAGAGAUUUGCGAGUAACUGUCUCCUCUCUCUGUGUACUGCGCGGAGAAAGCUUCGAAAAUGUCAUCGAACCCCCACGAACUUUGGGUUGAUCAGUUGUCAAAUACUUCUGACAAAUAUGAUAUCUAUCCUGAGCUUCUGAUGUUUCUUUGGAUAGGCGAAUAGAAAAGAAUGUUCCCUUCAUAGACUACAAGACCCAGUCAACUUCGCCCAAACUAAAUUGCUCAGGCCUGAUCAUAUGGUGUAGUGGGUGUUUUAAAGUCCCAAAUAAGCCAGCAGGUAUGGGGCAUCAAAUAAGAUGAUGGAAUGUUGAGCUGGCAUUCAGAAAUAAAGGAAGGAAUUGGAUGAUCAGUUUCCAAUGGCCACGAAACACCAACUUCGGUAGAGAAGGACAAAGAAAGGAUGCAUAUCUAUGAUGGCCAAGUAAUCGGGGAAACUGUGAAGUGUGAAGGUUGGAAGGAUUCAUUUUCCAUUUGGAAUACGCUACCCAUACAAGGCGAGACAAUCUUCUUCGCAAAUUCUCGGGCUUGGGUGAUAGUUAGCGGAUCUGCGAUAAGAGAAAGAAAGCCCGCCGAGAAUUAGAUUAUGAUCAGCGAUCUGCAGAUAUAAUCCUAUCUUCGUCGACUUUCUUGAAACAGGUAUGCUUCUUGAUCACUCUAAAUUCAACAAUCCACUUUGAAUCCCAAGAUCAAAAUUCAAGAAACGCCAAACUAAAUCUGGAUCUUCGAUGGAUUCCAACUUUAUCAGCCAAAUAACUUAGGUUGCAUGUGGAAAUUUUGAGAAGCAUUUCGUAGAAUUUGAUUGAUGUCCUCGUGAUAUUGUUUUUGCAUGAAAUCUUCCUACUGCAGUUCUUCGUAACACGACUGUAUUCUUGCUGCAAUGUAAUUAUCCUCAUAUUCCAGCAAUGGAAUGCCACGAGAAAUACGCACCGGAGGCGGUUUAUAGCGUUGCAUUUCAUUUGCACGGUUAGUACCCUUUAGUAUCUUAUGAUUACUAGGGAGUAUGCUGGAACCAAUGGGGUGUGAGAAGACAAGCUCGCCAGUCCGCCUCAACAAGGCGAUUAAGAUAUUGGCUUCCAGACACCACUAUUUCCCGGAAUGUUAUAUUGUAUGCAGACCUCUCUGCAGAUACGUGUAAGGUUGCUGCGAUAUUUGAUUCAGCUAGUCGACUUAGCAACAGUUUAUAAAUCCACAAAAUCGUCCAAUUUCAAUAAGACGUUAAAUGAGGGGCGUUGAUAGCUCCUGAUGUCUACUGCCACCUCCUUAUUCGUAACAAGGCUCUUAUAAAAUGCCCGAACAUCCAUACAAAAGGAUGUCAUAGACGAGUGUAUAUGGUGAUACAUAACCAGUCCAUACCCCCUUAAUCCUCUUGCUUCUCACCCAUCUUCCUGUGAUUCCAUCGCCAAGUGCAAUGUCUUCUCAACUUAAUCGAUACUGGAUACCCAAUUUUGAUAUCAACAAGAGAGUCAUCACCAAGGAGAUCCAAUACUAUCUGGGACCAGAAUCCACGCUGAGGCCAUAUACACGAGACGGAGAAGACGGAUAUCUGAUUAGCACACCAGGAGAGUGCUUGACAGAUGAACAGAUAGACGAUAUCUGUAUCAAGUCGAAGGAGCUCUGGGAGAAGCAGGCAGCGGCUCGAGCCAAGAAAGAGUCAGACAAGCAACUAAAGCGGCCUCUGCACCAGCCAGUCAUAAUUUCAAGAGGCUCAAAGCCCCGUUCCUCAAGGUCCCAUCGGCCGGAUCAUAAGAGUUCUUGA